GUCAGAGAUUGUGUGGGGACGUCAAUGUGAACGAGCCGAGGUUUUUCCACUUGAAUGUAACAGCAAGCGUGAUGAGGCUAAGCUAGCUGUCAGCCAGGCAUCCACGGGUUUUGCUGCCGAGUUAGCUUCCGGAUGCUCCCGGUCGUAUCCUACUGGCCGUCUUGACAUUCCCUCAACAUUCCUGGACGAAUUCGUGUCGACUGACCAGAGUCCGCGAAUUCAGGUCCAUCCCCGAUCUAACCUUUCCCCGCUAGCGUCACUUAGCUUGCCGGCUAACCGAGAACUGGAUUGACGAGAGCUCCACUUAAGGACCGCACCCAGACAAGAUGUCCCUUCAUCAGUUUCUGUUGGAACCCAUCACCUGCCACGCGUGGAACAGUGACAGGACACAAAUUGCCAUCAGUCCAAACAACCAUGAAGUCCAUAUCUACAAGAAGAGUGGUAACCAGUGGGUUAAGACCCAUGAACUGAAGGAGCAUAAUGGACACAUAACAGGAAUUGACUGGGCUCCCAAAAGUGACCGUAUAGUGACAUGUGGAGCAGACCGUAACGCCUAUGUGUGGUCGCAGAAGGAGGGCGUAUGGAAGCCCACCCUGGUCAUCCUCAGGAUCAACCGAGCUGCCACCUUCGUCAAGUGGUCUCCGCUGGAGAACAAGUUUGCCGUUGGAAGUGGUGCUCGACUCAUCUCUGUCUGCUACUUCGAGUCUGAGAACGACUGGUGGGUGAGCAAGCACAUCAAGAAGCCGGUCCGCUCCACCAUCCUCAGCCUGGACUGGCAUCCCAACAACAUCCUGCUGGCGGCAGGAUCCUGUGACUUUAAAUGCAGGGUGUUCUCAGCCUACAUUAAGGAGGUUGAGGAGAAGCCAGGCCCCACACCCUGGGGCAGCAAGAUGCCAUUUGGGGCUGUGCUAGCAGAGUUCGGAGGAGCAGGUGGAGGGGGUUGGGUCCACUCAGUCUCUUUCUCAGCCUCUGGUAACCGACUGGCCUGGGUCAGCCAUGACAGCACUGUCACUGUGGUGGACAGCUCUAAGACUGCCAGUCCUUCACAGAUGAAGACGGAGUUCCUUCCUCUCCUCAGUGUCAUGUUUGUUUCAGAGAACAGUCUAGUAGCUGCGGGCCACGACUGUUGCCCCAUGCUGUUCCGUUGCGACGAUGGUGGAGCGCUGACAUUUGUGUCAAAGCUCGACCUCCCGAAGCAGAGCAUCCAGAGGAACAUCUCCGCCAUGGAGCGCUUCAGGAACAUGGACAAGAGAGCCACCACCGAGGACCGCAACACUGCGCUGGACACACUGCACCAGAACAGCAUCACGUGAGUCACAGUCACCCGAGACGAUGCAGGGCA